AUGUCAACCAGGAAGAAGCUCCCUACCAAGCUUGGCCAACCAAUGGUCAAGCAAGGUGCUAAGUCAUUUGGAACUGCACAUUUGGAUGAUUCGAAGACGAUUGUAUCUGGGGGUGGAAUUGCGACUAAGUCGAAGACGAAUGGAAAUAACAAGAGUGACGUGGUCGAAAUAUCUAGCGAUUCGGAAAAUGGGAGUGACGAUGAUGCUGAAGAAAUUGAGGAAGACGGAAGUGAUGUGGAAGAUGAUAGCAAUGACGCCGCAGAUGUGACAAUGGGAGAUGAUGCAGUUGAAGCUGCCGAGGAAGAUGUGGAACCAACAUUCGGGGAUCUUAUUCGAGCUCAUGCCUCAGAGCCCAUCGACGUUGCCGCCGCUUUCGAUGAUUCCAAGGCUCAAGCCCUCUCAUAUCCUCAAAAUUCAAUCCAAGCUCCUUCUGGUGCAUCUCUCGGAACAGUUCUUACUCAAGCACUCAAGACCAACGAUGUCGCCUUACUGGAAUCUUGUUUACACACCACGGAUCUCGGAACUAUUAGAGCCACCAUUCAACGACUCGAUUCUCCUCUCGCCGCAAUCCUAUUACAAAAGUUGGCAGAAAGAUUACAUCGAAGACCGGGUAGAGCUGGUAGCCUAAUGGUCUGGGUUCAAUGGUCAAUGAUUACACAUGGUGGAUAUCUAGCCACUCAACGAGGUCUCAUCAAGAAGUUGGCCGAAGUUAACCGAGUUCUCGAUGAGAGAUCCAAAUCUUUACAACAUCUUUUGUCUUUGAAGGGUAAAUUAGAUAUGUUGGACGCACAAAUCGAAUUACGAAGAGGCAUGCAAAAUCGACCAAGAUUGGAUAGCGAAGAUAAUGAUGAGGGUGUCAUCUAUGUGGAAGGUCAAAGUGAUGAUGAAGAAGUCAUCGUCAAUGGAUUACCUCAAAGACUCGCCAAGAAUGGAAAUCUCGAAGACAUCUCGGAUUCUGAGAUCGAGGAGGAAAUGCUCAACGGUUUAGUCGCAGAAUCGGAUGAAGAGGAAGAGGAUAGCGAGGAUGAUUUAAUAGACGAUGAGGCGGAAGAGACUGAUGCGGAUUCUGGAGAUGAGGAUGAAGUUGAUCACGAUGAUAUUGAUGAGCAAGGAGAGGAUGAUGAAAGCGAUGAUGCGGUACAAGGACCCCCGAGAUCCAAGAUGCAAAAGUUAACAGGCAGUACAUUCCAAAAUAGAAGAUGA